UAAACCCAAUUUUAUUCAUGUUCUUCUUCACUUGUUCGAUCAAUCGACGCCAUAGAUAGAAAAGAGAAAUUUAGUUAAAGCAAUGUCAAAAUCAAGUGAAGAAGGUGACCGUCCGGCGAAUCUAUCUCACACAUUCAAGUACUUGCUCGCUACUCAAUUUUUAUCAAGGGGAAUACCGUUCAUAUUCAACACUUGGAUCGUUCGACACCUAACUGAAGAAGAUUAUGCGUUGUAUGCUGUACAAUUUCACUUGUUCAUUACUUGUGUGCUUUUUCUUAGUCGAGAGGGCUUCAGACGAGCAUGCAUGAGGGCAGACAUUUAUAGUGGUGGAUCAUCAGGGAGAGGAAAUGCAGCAAAACUCUUGAAAGUAGCAUGGAUGACUCUCCCUUUGGGAAUAAUUAUUACAUUUGCAGGAUGUAUUUUUGUUUUAUGGUGGCAAGAACUAAGUUAUUCUAGUCAAUUUGCACAGGCUAUAUGGAUAAAUGGUUUUGCAUGUAUACUGGAGCUACUGGCUGAACCCUUUUACAUCUUAUCUCAGAAUUUGCUUCUCCUCAAGUUGCGACUGGUAGUUGAAAGUGUAGCUACCCUUUCACGUUGUAUAACUACUUACAUCCUCAUUGUAAAUCUACCUGGCAUGGAGAAAGCAAUUGUAUUUGCCUUGUCACAAGUCGCAUUUGGAGCUUGUGUGUUCUUUGGCUACUGGGGCUACUUUCUUCUUUUUCACGUGUAUAGCGGUUCUGAUCUCUUCCCUUUUAGUGUAGGAAGUGGAGGCAUUGAUGAGCAACUUUCAAAAAUGUGUAUGUUGUUUACCUUCCAAUCUUUCCGCAAGUUGAUUCUUCAAGAAGGAGAAAAAUUGGUUCUUGUAUGGUUGGACACACCAUAUAACCAAGCAGUAUAUGGGCUUGUAGAUAAACUAGGCAGCUUAGUGGUUAGGCUGGUGUUUCUCCCAUUUGAGGAAAGUUCAUAUGCUACAUUUGCAAGGUCUGCAUCAGGUGAACAGACACAGAAGCAAAAGAAACUGGGAAAAAGUUUGACCGAGGCAUUGAAACUUGUUUUACUAAUAGGUUUGGUAGUCAUGGCCUUUGGCCCUAGUUAUUCCUACUCUCUCAUUAGGUUGCUGUAUGGUCGCAAGUGGAGUGAUGGAGAAGCCUCAACAGCUCUACGAUACUAUUGCCUCUAUGUAAUUCUGUUGGCCAUGAAUGGAACAUCAGAAGCAUUUUUGCAUGCGGUCGCAAAUGAGAUUCAACUCAAGCGCUCAAAUGAUUCCUUGCUUGUAUUCUCAUUGAUUUAUCUGGUGUUGAAUGUUUCUCUUAUACAUUCAGCUGGUGCGAUUGGGUUGAUUUUAGCUAAUUCUUUGAAUAUGGCUCUUAGGAUCACUUACUCAGCAGUAUUCAUCAGGAACUAUUUCCAGGAUUCGUCCUCAUUUUCCUUUCGCAGAUGCCUGCCUUCUGGUUGGACCUUUCUACUUUUUUCUGGAAUAGUCACUCUAGUUUCAGAAAAGAUAUUUCUGGAUCCGGAUGACUUCUGGAGAACAUUUAGCAUUCACUUCUUAGUGGGCAUAACCAGUUUCAUGCUAGCAGCCUUUAUCAUCUAUCGUCGCGAGAGGACCUUUAUCAAUAAUAUCAUACGUUUCCGGGAGCAUGCUGACUGAAGAAGAAAGUCCCACUCCA